AUAGGAUAAUGCAUAAUGAUUUUCUGCUGUAUAUUGCUUUUUGAUAUUUUUAUCUUCUAUAGAUUGUCUGAUAGUUUUGAUGUGAUCGCAAAACUUGGUCAAGGAGCCUUUGGCUGCGUUUAUAAAGUAAAACAUAUAUAUGAUGAAAAGAUCUAUGCUGUAAAGAGGGUCAUCUUAACUGGGAGAGCUGAAUCUGAGGUGAAGGCAUUGGCUCGACUAGAGCACACAAACAUAGUGCGUUACAUCACAUGCUGGCCAAGUUCUGACGACUGGACGUCAAACCAAGAAAAAAACCAAGAGUCCAAUACACCAGGUUCUUCAUCAGAUGUAGAGACCUAUGAGGAUGAUGAUGAUGACAAGGACACAUCAGGAGUGGAAAGUCUGGGUGUGACAGACAGCGGGACAUAUUUGUUUAUUCAGAUGGAGUUCUGCGAGGGAGGAACACUGACUGAUUGGAUUAAGGCGAGAAAUUAUCUGAAAAAACAGAGAAACACGGAGGAAAUCCAUAAAAUAUUUUAUGAAAUUAUCACUGGAGUGGAAUUCAUCCAUGCAAACAAUCUCAUCCACAGAGACUUAAAGCCUGAUAACAUACUGUUUGGAGCUGAAGGCAAAGUGAAGAUCGGAGACUUUGGGCUGGUGGAAGCUCAGACCAAUCAGAAUGGUGACCCUAUAGAGAGGUCAAACAGAGGAACACCAACUUACAUGAGUCCUGAACAGGAAAAUAAGAGGACUUAUGAUGAAAAAACAGACAUUUUUCCCCUUGGACUCAUUUGGUUUGAGAUGCUCUGGAAAAUAUCUACUGUUAUGGAAAAAGAAAAGCUGUGGGAAGACCUGAAAAAUCAAAGGUUUCCAAAAGGUUUCAGCCAGAGUUAUUUGACUGAGAGUAAAUUCAUCAUGAAGAUGCUGUCGUAUUCACCAGAGCACAGACCACAUGCAAAAGACAUAAAAGAAACACUGAAGAAGUUUUUCUCUCUGGAUCAGAAUCUUUUAAGCCAGAAAACUAUCUGAGGUUUUUGUGCAUUGAAACUGUCUCAGCAGUUGAUUAUGUCCUUUCAAAAUAAUGAAUUUACACACAGAGUACAACUGACAGGUAACAACAUUUCGAUGAUUUCAUGGAUUUGUUCAUGAUUUAAUGAUUAAUUAUUUAAUGAUCUAUGAUUAAGGUGAUAAUAUAAACUCGUGAUAUGUGAACUUUGGGGAGUGUUUUUUCUAAACAAAGUAUGAGAAUAACUUCUGAAGGAUCUAAGGAUCCUCAAACGCAGUCUGUGUGUUUUUGCUUCAAGAGAGCAACCAUACAUUUGUUUUGUUUUACAUUCUUUCUCUUAUAUUAAUUUAUUCGUAAUCAUUUUAUUCAUUUAAUCAUAUAAUAAUUUGCAGUCAUUUACUCAAUACUCAUUGAUUUAUUAACUGAUUAAUUAUGUAAUCACGAAGGUGCAAAGGCACCUAUUGUAUCCGUUAGCAUUAUUAUUCUUCCGCUUGUUCCUCCAUUGUGUCUAUGGCAGCCCAUAGAACAGCUUGUGGGAAAGUUGUGAUAUUUGGCACACUGAUAGAGGAUAGUGAGAAAAGUCACCAUAGCAAAUUUGGAGUCUCUAACUCAAACUCUCUAGCGCCACCACUUGUUCAAAGUUUCACUCAUGUAUAUGCUAAUGACUUAAAUGUAAGGCACAGAAGGAAUUUUCUUUUUUCCUCUGAUUCCUUGGCUCAUGCCAAGUCGAAUGGACCCCAAAAUUAAAAAAGUGUAAGGUUUAGUUUUUUUCGCUGUUUUUAAUUGUUUGUAAAACCUACUUUUUCGAACUUGUCCUAGACGGUUUGUCUGAUUUUCACCAAAAAAGCAUGCAGAAACGGAUAUGAGGCUAUAUCUCCGCAACUGUUUAUCACAGUUUAUUGCAUUUAGACCAAACUUGGUGUGUGUUAUAACAAGCAUGACCUGAGGCUACCUGCAGUGUUUCAGCACAGUGCCACCUAGUGGUCAGGAGAUAAAAUAAAUAAACAUUUUUAUUUAUAUCUUCUGAAUAUAUUCAUCGCCACCUAUUGGUCAAAAGUGAUAAGCCAAUAAUUAAUAUUAUUAGUGGUUGUAUUUAUGAUUUUUCAGCCAUUUUGACUAAAAUAAUCUUAAAAUGGUUUUGACUCAAUGACUCAUUCCCACAGUUGGUCUGAAGCUUGCUUCUGUAGUGCUUGGCCCCAUAAUUGCUGCUUGCAGCUAUAUUUAUAUUGUUUUUUUAUAUUACUGUUUUCAUUGUUGUUUAAUCUUAUGACUGUACUUUUAAAUGGCUGUUUGUCUUUAUGAUUAAGAGGUAAGUGAAAAUCUCAAGGUUUAUGGAAUAUUGUUGUGAAGCAGUUUGAUGUAAUGCUACUUGUUUGACUUGUGUUCAUCAGACGAAGUCUAAGGAUUGAGACAUGCAACUAAGAUUAUUCAAUAAACUCUGCUCCUUUUUACAAUCAUCA